ACUUACUAUCAUGAUGCUCCAUUGGUAUGAGGAAUCGCUGCAAAAUCAACAACAACAACAAUCAAAAGUUAAGCCGGUUCAAUUUUUAAUCGUUUCUGACAACAAUUUGUGAAUUGUGAGGUUUUUAUCCUUUUCGCAAACAAUGGCAGCGUCAGGUAUCCCCGAUAAACUGUGGCAACCGAAAUUUGCAGUGCUUGAGACUACAAUGGGAGAAGUUGUCAUCGAACUAUAUUGGAAGCACGCUCCGAACACAUGCCGAAAUUUUGCUGAAUUGUGCCGUAGAGGCUAUUACAAUGGAACUAAAUUCCACAGAAUUAUCAGAGAUUUUAUGAUUCAGGGCGGUGACCCCACUGGAACUGGCAAAGGAGGGCAAUCUAUUUACGGCAGAGAAUUCGAUGAUGAAAUACAUGAGGAGCUCAAACACACAGGAGCUGGUGUACUUUCAAUGGCCAAUUCAGGACCCAACACCAACGGUUCUCAAUUUUUCAUCACCCUAGCCCCCACUCAGUGGUUGGAUGGGAAACAUGCUAUAUUUGGUAGGAUUUAUUCAGGUAUGAAUGUGGUCAAGAGAAUUGGAUUGGUCGAGACGGAUAAAACAGACAGACCAGUUGAUGAUGUUGAAAUUAUUCAGAGUUCUGUAUCUAUGAACUAAUUAGUUCCCCUCUGAGAAGACAAAAUACCUUCAUUUCCAUUGUUGAAACAAAGGAAGCCCAUGCUUUUACAAAUUUUUCUAAUAAAGCCUUCUUUUAUUUACAAUA